CUCAUUUCCUAUCUUUCCUAUCUUGUCUUUUCCUUGACACCAUCUUUAGAUCUUUUCUCUACUUGGAUCUUCCAAUUUUUCUUCUUUGCUUUCUACUUUCGUCCAUUACAGUCUUCUAUUAUCCCUUUUUUUCUUCCAACAUGAAAUUCUCCACCAUCCCAACGCUCAGCGCAUUUUUCGCAGUCGCUUCCGCUGCCGUCUGCACUGAUGCCAACCCAACCACUGUCACUCAAACGGUCACCGUCACAGCACCUCCUCACGGAGGAAACACCUAUGUCCCAGCAAACGCCCGGGGCAACCCUUCUCCAUAUGUUACUACCUAUGGCGGCUCUGUCACAUCUGUCGACUACUCCGGGUCCACGACCUCCGUUUGGGUUUAUCCCACAGGCUCUCCUAGCCACGACUGCACUGUCGCGAUCUACGAGAACGACACUGUCAACGUGAUCAUCAUCAACAUCAAUGUCCAGAUCGUCAACGGAGCUACAACGACAAUCACCUCGACAAAGACUGAUGUCAAGCCAACCUGGGUCCCUCAACUCCCUUACAGCACAACUUCCACAAGCUCCUCCUACAGCGCAAUGAAAACCCACAACGUCAUUGUCGGCGCUGAUGGCGAGCUCAAAUAUGCCGGGAACAACAUCGACGCCGCAAUCGGAGACAUCAUCCGCUUCGACUUCAACAGCACCAACCACACCGUCACCGAAUCCACCUUCGAUAAGCCCUGCUCCCCCAAGGACGGAGGAUUCAAUACCGGGUUCAACCAAUUCAACAACCAGAACCACACCGGUAUCAUCUUCAGGGAGUUCGAAGUCAAGGUCAACACCCCGCUUUGGUUUUACUGCGCGCAAACCGUGAAGGUGUCUCACUGCCAAAAGGGAAUGGUUCUUGGUAUUAACGCUGCCGGCAAAUUCCCCGAAUUCCUUGCUAGGGCUACUGCAACUGCUACUUCGACUUCCAGCACUGCUUACGGCACAGGGAAGGUGUCCACGCCAGCAGCCUACACCCCCGUCGCCAAGACCCUUUCGACCGGUGGAAGCAGCAUGUCAACCACGACCACCUCUUCCUCUACACACAAGGCAGCCGUGGCUGCUCCUUCUGUACAUACCAUUAAGGGGCGGAGAGUAGUUGCUUGGUCAGCUUAAGUGUUCGACUAUCGAUUGUAAGAGGACUGGUGUUGCACAGCGAGGAGUUCGGCAUGGGUUAGACGGGUCUGAUGGCAUUUUUUGGUGUUUUAGAUUUGACUGCAAUGCAGAACACGGAGUGCAACACGCACAUAUGAUAUUAGACUAGAG